AUGUUCUGCUCUUUGCUUCUCGUCCUUGCAGCCUUCGCCCCCUCCGUUUACUCCCUGAUCCACGCCGUCGAUUCCUCGACUCUUGUCCCUCAGGCAACAUUUAAAAAAGCCUAUGACGAGGGAUUCACAAAAGCUAUCAUUCGUGGAUACUACGAAGCGUGUGGUAUCGGUGGAGCAGUAGACCCCAACUUCGUUCAGUCCUACAAGAAUGCUCGGGCGGCAGGGUACACGAAUAUAGACACGUAUUGGUUUCCCUGCACGGGGAGUCGCCACAAUUGCAAGAGUCCUGCUACUCAGCUUGCUGAGCUUGGUAAGGUGUUCAAAGCGAACAACAUGAAGAUAGGCAGGAUCUGGGUUGACAUUGAGCGCGACCCGAUAUACUGCCAUCCUUGGGACUACGGUUACAGCGGCAACCUCGCCCACGCCAAAGCAAUCGUUCAAGCUCUCAAGGCCUCAGGCUACGUAUACGGGAUCUACAGUUCCCCGGGCGAAUGGUCGAGCAUAUUCGGAUCUUACUCCGUCGUCGUAGAUAACUCCGUUCCCCUUUGGUUUGCCACGUAUAACAAUGUGCAAACCGUGACCCUGGGUACAAAGUUCGGAGGGUGGACGAGCGCGAUAGGGCAUCAAUACACUGAUAAGUCUGCCUCUGGGAAGUUCGAUCUUAGCGUGUUUUCGAACUGA